AUGCCGGCGAAAUCGCGAUUUACAAGGCUAGAUGCUUUUGCAAAGACCGUCGAGGAUGCUCGCAUCCGUACGACCUCCGGCGGCAUCAUCACCCUAGUGUCGCUCCUCGUUGUCCUCUGGCUGGUCUGGGGAGAAUGGGUAGAGUACACCCGGGUGGUGGUCCUACCAGAGCUGGUGGUUGAUAAGUCAAGAGGAGAAAAGAUGGAAAUCCACUUGAACAUGACCUUCCCUCGACUUCCGUGCGAACUCCUCACCCUCGAUGUGAUGGAUGUCUCUGGUGAACAGCAAGUCGGCGUUGUGCACGGUGUGAACAAAGUGCGCCUGAGCUCGCAAGCUGACGGCGGCAAGGUCCUGGACAUUCAGGCUCUAGAACUCCACUCGGAGCAAGAAAAAGCCAAACACCUCGACCCGAACUACUGCGGCGACUGCGGCGGCGUGCCCCAAGACGCCAACGACAAACACUGCUGCAACACCUGCGAGGAAGUGCGCGAAGCCUACGCACAACACCAAUGGGCAUUCGGCAAGGGCGAGAACAUCGAACAGUGCGAGCGCGAGGGGUACGCGCAACGAAUCGAGGCACAGCGCCGCGAAGGCUGCCGACUAGAGGGCGUGGUCCGCGUGAACAAGGUUGUCGGGAACUUCCACAUCGCGCCCGGCCGCAGCUUCACGAGCGGAAACAUCCACGUGCACGACCUCGAGAACUACUUCGAAGCCGACCUACCCGACGCGGAGAAGCACACGAUGACGCAUCUCAUCCACCAGCUGCGGUUCGGGCCCCAGCUGCCCGACGAGCUCUCGGACCGCUGGCAAUGGACCGACCACCACCACACAAACCCGCUGGACGAGACGCGCCAGGACACCGACCAGCCCGCGUACAACUACAUGUACUUCGUCAAGGUGGUCUCGACGUCGUAUCUCCCGCUAGGCUGGGAUCCACUGGCCUCCAUGGACGCGCACAACACCAACGAGCAAGCCCCCCUUGGCACGCACGGCUUCGGAUACGGCAGCCAGGGCAGCAUCGAAACCCACCAGUACUCUGUGACGUCGCACAAGCGGUCCCUGAUGGGCGGCAACGCGGCCGACGAGGGCCACAAGGAACGUCUGCACGCGUCCAACGGCAUCCCCGGCGUCUUCUUCAACUACGAUAUCUCCCCCAUGAAAGUCAUCAACCGCGAGGCUCGGCCUAAGACCUUCACUGGCUUCUUGACCGGCGUUUGCGCCAUCAUCGGUGGUACCCUUACCGUUGCGGCCGCCGUGGACCGUGGUCUGUACGAAGGUGCUCUCCGUGUGAAGAAGCUUCACUCCCAUUAA